UAUUAUGUAUAUUAAUAAAAUAGUUAUUAUGUCGAAACAUUUUAUUGUAUAUGCCUUGAUGGUAACCCUGUUAAUCAUUUAUAAUGUUAAUCUUUCAACAUCCAAAAACAUAAAUAGAAACAUUAAUUUUGAGUGUGGACAUUUUCGAGAAUUUUCUGAUACUACAUCAUCGACAACACCAGGAUAUGGAUGUAGUGAUCCAACUACAGCAACACCUUCACCUUCAACGCCGCCAUGUGGUUGUACCGAUCCAACUUCACCACCAAUGAGCUCGACAUCAAGUCCAUCGUGCCUUCCAAGUACAUCAACAGAACCACCACUACCUCCAUGCCCAGAUCCUCCAGCAGUCAUUCCAAAUCCAUAUCCAGAAUGCCCUUUGGUAGCCAAUCCAAAAGUGGAUGUAUUAAAACCAUUACCUAAAUGCUGCCAAUUUGUUCAUUGUGAUAACUUUGGUGUUGGUCAUGUGAAAAAUUGUGCACCAAGUGAUCCACCAUUAGUAUUUAGUCCAUUCCAAAACCAAUGUGUUUGGCCUUGGGAGGCUGGUAAUAUAGCAUGUGAUCCUUGCACAUGCUAAUUUUUUCAAGCUUCCAUCGAUGUGGUAUUUUUAUUCCAAGGCAGAAUUAU